CACUCCAAGCCGGGUUGAGCCGCGGAAUCCUUCCAACGAUGUAUGCGCCGGGGCGCCGACCCUGACCUAGCGCGUCCCGGCAGGCCAAUAUGCCCGGCCGUCGACCCACCCUUUCCCUUCCCGCUCGCCGCGGCUCCCCGCUCUGGCUGGCCGUCUGAAUUUGGCCGUGGACUCCCAGGGGACUCAUGUUGCACGUCGAACCCACUCCGUGUAUGUUGCUGGACCGCCCCCUGUCGGACGUCCACUCCUUCCCCGCUACCCCGCGGCUCCUCGUUCUGUGGCAUACCACAGGCUGGCCGUGAGGGCAUUGCCACAGCCCGUCUGCUUAUCUGCGGAUCGCCCGCCUCCACCUGUCUUCGCUGGACCUGAUGCAGCCGCCGCUGGAUUACUAUUAUUUUGCUUUUAUUUAUUUUGCUUUUUGUGAUUUCGCGCGUGCGGUUUCUGACUCCACCGAAAUAUAUUCGUGCGUGUUCGUGGUGGCAUCCUGCCCUAUCCCA